AUGAUUAUUUCCAAAUAUUUAUAUUUGUUUGGAAUUUUAUUUAUUUUAUCAACCUCAUUGCUAGUCAGUGGUCAGUCCUCUAGUGAGCCUCUUGGAACGACCACUGGUGAAGCUCAAGGAUCUUCUGGUGAAGCUCAAGGAUCUUCUGGUGAACUUUUUGAAUCGUAUGCUGCACCAAGAGUAAUCUUCACACAGUCUGACUCCCCACUAGGAAAGAUCCUUACUGACAUCUCACGUCGUACCGUGUACUACUUCCCCCAAGAGAAGCCUUUCCAACCAUCUAUUUGUUAUGACACUUGUGCUCAAAUUUGGCCACCUGUCUAUGGUGUACCUGAAGUCGCACAAGGAGUAGAUCUUGCCGGAACACUUGGAUACAGUAUUAGAAACGAUGGUACAAUCCAAUCCACUUAUGAAGGUUAUCCAUUGUAUUACUUUGUUGAUGACAAGAUUCCAGGACAGGUCAAAGGUGAAGGUCUUGAAAACACAUCAUAUGUAUUCCAUGAAGUUGGUUUAACUUUUAGAAGUACCAACCUCGGUAUAGUCUUGGUUGAUGAUAGUGGUAUGACAUUGUAUUAUGGAUCAAGAGGUAACUUCAAUUCAGAUCUUUUCACACCAGUCUUGGGUAUUCCACAAGGUGCUAAUGGAGUUGUUCUCCCUGGUACUAUGGGUUACAGAAGAAUGGAUAAUGGUCAAUUGCAAGUUAUGUACAAUGGAUGGCCACUCUACAGAUACAAAGGAGAUCUUGCCCCAGGACAGACCAACGGUAACAACGUCUAUGGAUUCUUUGCUCUUAAACAAGUCCAAGUCGAUACAAGAAUGGUCAAUACCGGUAAUACUCAAGUAACUCUAUUGCCAUGCGGUGGUGCCCAAACAUGUAGUCUAUCCAAUACCUGUGACAACGGUACUUCCUACACUCAAAACGGAAAGCAACUCACCAAGUACAACUGUGUCAUUGUUAACAAUGGUCCAAUUCCUGUAUACCAUAUGAACGGAACACUUGCCAAUUUCCAAAAUCUAUUGUCAAUCAACGGUCUCGCCACCAAGGAUGGUGUCCACUUUGAUUUCUACCCAGACCGAUCAAACUCACCGUUGUUAACUGGUUACGGUCAUCCAUGGAACUACGUUGUAAGUGGAGGAAAAGCAACCAGCAUUCUUGUUGAUGCCAGAGGAAUGACACUCUACACCUUUAAAAACGACAGACCAAACCAAGCAUCAACAUGUACCAGCCCACAAUGUAGCUCACUUUGGCCACCCUUCCUUGGAAUGCCAUCUGUAGUUAAUCACCAACAAUUAAAUGGUAAUUUAGGAUCACAAAUUAGAUUAGAUGGACAACUUCAAGCUACAUGGAACGGAAUGCCACUAUAUUUUUACACACCGGAUACUAAGCCAGGAGAUGCAAAGGGUGACGGUGUUGGUGGUGUUUGGGAUGUUGUAAAAGCAAUGAAAAUCUAA